CUUCUUUCUUUAGGAAUGAGAUAUGGCAAGGGGUCUCAGGAAGCUAAAAGAGAAGGUACAUCGAGCAAUGAUCUGGGUGGGAAAAUGCAGGCAAAUCCAGAAGAUGACUUCCCGAUUGUAAAUCAGAGGGCCUCAUUACAUCCCAUGCAAGAUGAGUCUAUGAAGCAUCAAAGCUCAGGCCAAACCCAGAAGGCUUUAGCAAGGAUUCAAGACCGACAGUGGAAAGGUUCAGCUGCUAAUCCUGCCAGGUCCCAUCAACGAAGGAGGAAAAUUGUCCUCAAAAGAAGCCCCAUCCAGAUUGCGGUUAAUGGCUCCUUCCUCAACCUGCCCAUCCUGAAAGCAGAGGAGAAAGAUGAUCUGAAGUGGAGAAGCCUCUAUGAGAUCCAAAGAGAGAGAAAACGCAUCAUGAGAGACACAUGUUUCAAAUACAAGAGCAACAACAAAAGAGUCAUCACACCUUAUCAUGUUUCCAGGAUAUUUGUUGAAGAUAAAUAUCGAAUUUUAUAUUGUGAAGUUCCUAAAGCUGGCUGCUCCAACUGGAAGAGAGUGCUCAUGGUUCUGAGUGGACUGGCCUCCUCAACCAGGGUUCUUCAGCACAAUACAGUGCAUUAUGGGAAUUAUCUGAAGAAGCUGGAUGGCUUUGAUCGCAAAGGGAUCAACUACAGGCUUAAUACUUACACUAAGAUGCUGUUUGUUCGUGAACCCUUUGAGAAGUUAGUGUCAGCAUUUCGAGACAAAUUUGAGCAUCCGAACAAUUAUUACCAUCCUGUUUUUGGUAGACCCAUUAUUUCAAAAUAUCGCACCAAUGCCACCAAGGAGGCUCUGAGGACGGGCUCUGGAGUACAGUUCAAAGAGUUCAUUCAAUAUCUUCUUGAUGUGCACCGGCCAGUUGGCAUGGACAUCCACUGGGAUCAUAUCAACAGGCUCUGUAGUCCUUGCUUAGUAGACUAUGAUUUUAUUGGAAAAUUCGAAACCAUGGAAGAAGAUGCCAACUUCUUCCUUCAUUUGAUAAAUGCCCCACAGAACUUGACUUUUCCUAGGUUUAAAGAUAGACAUUCCAAUGAAGAGAGGACAACCAGUCAGAUCACACAACAAUAUUUUACACAGCUUUCUCCUUCUCAAAGGCAGCGUAGCUACGAUUUCUAUUAUAUGGAUUAUCUAAUGUUUAAUUACUCAAAGCCUUUUGAAGACCUGUAUUAAGUGGGGGUGAGCUGAAAACCAUUGGUUGCAGCCUUGUGGAGCUCCUCCUAUGCAACUUUGUGUGACAGACAUUUAUGCUAAUACAUAAGCUACAGGACUGAGCUAACCUAACCCUAACCAGAAGGUUAAACUGGUUGAUCUGUAAUUCACAUUCCCAUCAAUCUUCAGUUCUCCCAUAGAUGUCUACAUGAGUUGGGGAGGGUAGGGAAGGCUGAUAAAGUAUCCCUCACAAUGUCACAAUCCAAGCUCCACCCCUUCUGUUUUGUCUGGAACAUCACAAAACAAAUGCAGAAGGAUGGAAUUUGCAUUAUCACGUCACAGUGCACAUUUCACCACUUUGGCAUC